AUGGUCCUCUUCCUCCUGCUGCUGGUCUCCCUGGCUACAGUCAGCCAUGUGUCAGGAUACACUGAGUUUACAACCACCAGCACUGAAAUAGACAUCAAAGCGUGUCCCUUUAAAUUCUUUGGAAAAGAAUACCAGAAUGUGUAUGUCGACUUCUCCGGAAACAAACUCUCAGUGUGUUUCAAAGGCAAACGCGACACGAAGGACAACGACUGUCUUCUGGUGGAUCAAAGUGUCACCAAGGGGGUCUGGUACACUCUGCAACAAUCCGUUCGUCUAGGAUCAGUUGUUCAUAAAGAGCUGUCACAAGUCACAGGGACAUCACCAUGCCUCGCAGGCAUUCAGAUCUACAAGGACUCUACUUCCUAUAUUCAAAUUUCCUUUCGAACAUUUGGUGCUGUUGUUCUACCAGGGAAGAAAGGAUGCGGCUCAGAUGACUCCUCUGUAACGUGCAGCGCCUCAGCGGUGUCCAAAACGACUCCGUGUGAGGAGAAAUGCGAGAGCGGCCUGUGUGUGACGUCGCCGCCGCCUGAGAAACCUGGCGUGUGCACGGUGACCGGCUCCACUGUCAUCGAUGUGGCCGGUAAGUCUGCCUCCGUCCCGGAUCGCUGUGCGUACACUCUGAUGUCAGAAACAGGCGUCAAGCUGCACGCCGUCUUCAAGGACCGCCAUCGCUCAGACGUUAGCUUCUUGGACCACGUGAUCCUGCAGCUGGAUGAGGCAAAUGUUAAGAUUCAACUGGAACAAGGCGGGAGGGUUACGCUGAAGGGCCAAGAGCUGACCCUCAGCAGCACACCUCUGAAGGGCCAAGAGCUGACCCUCAGCAGCAAACCUGUGACGCAUCACGGUGUGGAGCUCACUAAGGACCAAACUGGGGUCACCGCCAAGCUGAUGAAGUCCAAACAAGGCACCUCUGUCUUCUUUGAUGGCUACACCGCACAGAUCUACACGAAAGUACCAAGUGGAACCACCAUGCCGGGUCUAUGUGGCAAGUCCAGUCGGACUCUGAGUGACGUGAAGGUUGCUGAUUUAAGCUCUGACAAAUGUGACAAAGUGACCAAGGAGACUGAUGGCAAUACGUUUGAAUGCACGGAGAUGACUAAACGGUGUGAUCUCCUGAAGAAGGCUCCCUUCGACUCCUGCCACAGCUCCAUCAAGCCUGAUCCCUACAUCAAAGCCUGCACCGACACUCUGUGCAAAUACCCGGCGGUGGACGGUCUCAAGUGCCAGUUCCUGCAGGCCUACGUCAAAGCCUGCAGCCUGCUCGACAAGAAAGUGGAGAACUGGAGGACAUCGGCCAGCUGCUCCUCUGACAAGGCCUUCUGUCAGGACACGUUCUGCAGUGGUCAUGAGUUCUGUGCUGAGGAUGCCAGCGGUGGAACCAGCUGCCUCUGUCGGCCCAGUUUUGCUUCCGAAUACAGAACGGCAAAAACUUUUGGCAAGCCGACCGUCUGCGAUAAAAACUCUGCCUCAGUCAGCCUGGCUCGUUGUCUCAUGGAGGAACAGAACGUCGACUACUCUGUCUUACACCUCAACGACAAGACCUGCACAGGCCGGUUUGACGAAAAGACCCACAUGGUGACCUUCGACUUCAAGAGCGACACCUGUGGGACAGAGCUCCUGUUCAAGAACUACAUCCUUGCUCAGGACAGCUCUGGCUCCAAGAUCACUCGCCAUGAUGAAGUGAAAAUCGAACUCUCCUGCUACUACGACCAAACGAAAGAGGAAACCAUGUCCUUCAAAAUCAAAUCCAGCUCUGUGACCCAGACGAUUGUAUCUGGACCUUGGGAAUACACUCUGACCAUGAAUGCCUUCACCGACGCCAGCCGCACACAAGCUGUGUCAUCCAGCACUGAAAUCCUGCUGGACCAGACCAUCUGGAUGGAGCUGAAGACGGCCGGGCUGGAUGACACACUGGUCGCCGUGGUGACCGACUCCUGCUGGGCGACCCACGACAAAUCACCCACUGCUAAGCUGACAUACGCCCUGAUCAAGAGCGGCUGUCCCGACUCUGCUGACAAGACGGUGAAAGUGGAGAGCAACGGAGAGGGAACGACCAACUACUUCUCCUUCAACAUGUUCCAGUUCUCUGGGGAGUCUGGUGACGUCUACCUGCACUGCAAACUCAACCUGUGUGUGAAGAAGGGCAACACCUGCGCCAAGACCUGCGGUGGCAGUAAGAGAAGACGCAGAUCUGCCAGGAACAGAUAUGUGGACGUAAACCCCGCCUUCAUCACCAUGCAGCCUGGAGGCCGUGGUCAGCUGGUGCCUUUAAUAUCAGAUCAUGCUCAGAUGUAG